GGUGCCGGCUCCAAGGAGGUUUGAAUACAGAAAACAUUCGAGCCGAGAGAGAGGUGCAAAUAGUAGUUUGCAACGGCACCAUUAUUUGUCUUUUCAAACCAAAACUUUUGUUGGUUCGUCAGAUCGAAAGAACAGCAAUAUGCUGGCCUUGCGGGCUGCUCGAGCUUUGGUUCGAAAUUCCAGCAGAAGUCAGGCCGUCCGGCUGAUUUCCACUUCAAAGAAAAACAGUGAUACAGCCACCCUUACAGAUGUUUUGGGCAAAACUGAAGCAAAAUCUGGUGCCGUGGAAAAAAAGAAUUGGGUGACUUAUGGCUUCGAUUUCCACAGCGAGAAAGAGGACAGAUUUUUCAUGCACAUUGUUUUGUUCACAUCUGUGACUGUUGGAUUGGUCAUGGGAUCCUACUUGAUGGCGUAUUACCCUGACUGGGGAUACCAUGACUGGGCGCAGAGAGAAGCUUUUCUCGAACUCAGAAGGCGGGAAGCUGAAGGUUUGCCUUUGAUUGAUAGCAAUUAUGUUGAACCAUCAAAAAUUACUCUACCAUCUGACGAAGAACUGGGCAACACUGAUAUUGUCAUCUAAACAAAAAGUGGUCAUAAAUGUAGCAGCAGUUGUAAGAAACCAAGAUGUGGUGCACUCACUGCCCAAAAUAUUUAAUUACUGCUCAUGGGAGUUACUUGCUCUCGGCAUCAAGUUUUUUAAUUUAAUUGAAUAUAUUUGGGCAGCCAGUGUAAGGUGAACUACGGAGAACGCAUUGUUUAAUGUAAAUAAAGUGUUAAAUGAG